AUGGGGAAAGGAGCCCAGAAAGAUCCCGUUGCAAUUGAUGAGAUCCACAAGGAUCAUGUUCGAAAAGAAAAUGUUGCGGCCAAGCAUUGGGCAUCAAAGUUCCAGUAUUAUAAAGACGAAAAUAUUAAGAUGCAGGAAGAAAUGAAAAUUGUUCAAGCCGAAACGAGCCAUCUUCAAGAAGAAAUUCCUGACUGGAAAAAAUCUCUCCCCGUAGCUCGCCCCAAAGACUCCCCAAAAGUACCCAAGACGACUUCUGGUCGUAUUGGGUGGCGAUCAGGCUUGCCAGAAUACAAGGCCAGUUUCAAAUAUAAUUCUUUCUGA